AUGUGCUGUGCCGGAAGGAGGGAACUCUUCUGCCAGUUAAUGGUGAAUCCCAAACUGUGCAGAAACAAGAAAAAAAUUAUAGAGGAGUUAAAACAUUUUGACAUUGCUCACCCCGAGGUUCAACAAUUGCGUAUUCUUGUGCAUGGCCCAGUUGGUGCAGGAAAGUCCAGUUUCAUCAGCUCCAUUGCAAGUGUCUUUAGGGGUCGCAUGGUUCAAGCAGCUCUGGUUGAUGCUGGCUCUGGCACAAGCUUCACCACGAAGUUCAAAUCAGUAAAGUUCAAAGAUAAAGAAAGGAACGUCCUGCCUUUUGUCAUCAGUGACAUCAUGGGACUGGAGGAUGCAGAAGUGGCUGGGGCUCCUACUGAUGACCUUGUGAUGGCUCUGGAGGGUCAUCUCAAAGAUGGCUACCUUUUUAACCCUGCAGGCUCUGUGCAAAAAGAAGACCAGUUCUACAACAGUUGCCCGACCCUGAACGAUACAGUUCACUGUCUGGUCAGUGUUCUGCCUGGAGACAAAAUUGGCAUGAUGAAUGAUGAUCAGGUUCAUACUGUCAUCCAAAAACUCCGGGAAAUCAGACUGAAAGCCUCUGCGUUGACAAUCCCUCAAGUUAUUGUGAUGACAAUGGCUGAUAAAGCCUGUCCUGAAGUAAACAAAGACCUGAGGAUGAUCUACAGGAGCAAGAAGAUCAAAGAAAAGAUGCUGGAGUGCCAGAACAAGCUGGGUGUUACCACAAACUACAUUUACCCAGUGAAGAACUACCAUGAGGAAACUGAGCUGCGUGAUGACGUUGAUAUUCUACUUCUCUCCGCUCUCAAAGGCAUUCUCAACUUUGCCAACGACCAUGUGGAAGAAAAACUGGAUGACUGAAGCUAUUACUGUAACAGAACAGACUGUGUGUAAACUUUAGCCUGCAUUAACAGCACAUACGUAUGCAGCACAGAAAAAGGCAAAUGCAAAACAUUUUUAUUGAGUUUUUGAUGUAGGCUAGAUUCAUCUUCACAAUAAGUAACAUGGUUACUGUCAGGUUAAAUAAUCCCAUCAAUGAAUACUGUGAUGAUUGAUCUAAAUAAGGGGUUCA